UGGGUGAGGCCUACUACAGGCUCACUCGUGCCUCCAAAUUGCUGGUGAGGCCGGGGGCAUCGGGCCUUGCUCCCAUGCUCACCAUGCUGAACCACCCUAUUUUCCUUGCACCAUGGCACUGCUUUAGCCGUUGUGUGGUGGAACGGGUUGAUGCCUUUGAAAAGGCUCAUGGUAGCAAGUUAUGGAUGUAUACAGCAAAUAAUACUGGUGCCAAUGACAUAUUCAAUGAGGCCAUGGCUAGCGACACUGUGGUAGUUCUUGAAGCCUUGCUCUCUGAGUAUAAAUCAGGGUUUGCAGGCUUGACAUCAUUGGUUGACGUAGCUGGUGGUACAGGGACCGCGGUGAGUGCGAUAGUGAAGGCGCACCCGCAUAUCUCAAGGAUCAAUUUCGACCUCCCCCAAGUUGUGUCGAGUGCACCAGAGCAUCCGGGUGUUGUUCAUGUCAGCGGUGACAUGUUCAUCUCUAUCCCACAUGCCGAUGCAGUUUUCAUGAAGUGGAUACUACAUGACUGGAACGACGAAGACUGUGUGAAGAUAUUGAAGCAAUGUCGAAAAGCACUCCCUUCCAAGAGCGGGAAGUUGAUUAUUGUGGACGUAGUUCUGCAUCUUAAGGAAGAUACCAGUGCCUUUGCUGACUCGAGGUUGGCAUUCGACAUGUUAAUGUUUGCAGUAACCUCAGGAGGCUUGGAAAGGACAGAGGAGGAGUGGAGGGCACUGCUGAGCAAGGGUGGUUUCAGCAACUGCAACAUCAAACCGCUUCCGACCCUCCAGUCAAUUAUCGAAGCUUACCCCGACCCAAAUGAGUAGUAUUACCAUAAACUACAACGAAAAUAUUAUACGAUCCAUAUAGUUUUGAAAAUGACAUGAUCAUGUGGAUUAUCACCAUCAACUCAGUGAAUUGAAUAAUGACGGUGGAAAACAGGGAUUGUUCAUAGCACCAUAUCGCUCAUAUCAUAGGGGCACUAAAGUAUAAAGUGCCUGUAUUACUGGUAGAGCAUCCCUCUUAAUUACGAUUCCAUGGAUGGUGUUUGUGUAAUAUUUUUGUAUUAAGAACGAUGUGCUUCCCUAUUAGUGAUGAUUCUAUGGAUGGUGUUUGUGUGGUA